AGGAGAUGGAAAGCUUUCGCGCUUUCAGGCUCGGAGCCAGUCGGGCGCACUUGAGAGAUGAUGAACAAUGUUUGCUGGAUCUGUAGAUGGGAAAACUCCUCCCCGCAGAGAGGAUCUCCGGGCUGGCGGAAAAUGCUGCAAAGAUGGCGGUGGUAGCAGCGGCAGGAGUUACGAGCGGCUCCGGGGCGCAGAAAAGUGGAUUCGCGGAGGUUCUGGUGCGCGAGCGCUGGCACAAAGUUUUGGUCAACUUGAGCGUGGACGCGCUCACGCUGAGCUGCGAGGACGACGGCGCACAGGACAACUUCAACGGCGUCACCAAUGGAUCUUACCUUGAUAACAGCAACGCCAACUCCAAUAAUGGCCCCCAGGCGGUGCGCACCGCGUUCACGGACCUCCCGGAGCGAGUGCCGGAGGCGAUCGCCAACAGAAAGCGGUGCGUCAAGGUGACCAAGCAGGAAGUCGGGGGACUCGGGGUCAGCAUUAAAGGAGGAAAGGAGAACAAAAUGCCAAUUCUCAUCAGUAAGAUCUUCAAGGGGCUGGCAGCUGACCAGACUCAGGCUCUGUAUGUCGGGGACGCCAUCCUCACCGUGAACGGCAUGAACCUGCGGGACGCGACCCACGACGAGGCUGUGCAGGCGCUCAAACGAGCGGGGAAGGAGGUGACUCUGGAAGUCAAAUACAUGCGUGAGGCCACGCCGUAUGUCAGAAAGGGUUCUCCUGUGUCAGAGAUCAGCUGGGAGACUCUGCCCCCCGAAUCCCCUCGUCCCAGCAGCCCUCCCAUCAGCCCCUCCUCUGACCCCCCCAGCCCUUGUACCCCUCCUGCGCUGCCCCUGAACGGAGACAGGAGGUGCAUACUGCUCAAGAUGUGUUAUGUAACACGAGGAAUGACCACACCAGAUCCUGAGAACAGACAGUUGGAGCUUCACUCCCCUGAUGCCCGGCACACCGUGGUGCUGCGGUGGCCGGACCAACCAUCUGCCCUGUCUUGGUUCGCUGCCAUCCACUCCAUCACCUCAACGCUGACGCAGAGGGCUCUAGCAGAGGUCGUCCAAAACACAUCCAGGACGGGGAUCGCUGGCAGCAAAGAGAUACGGCACCUGGGCUGGCUGGCAGGGAAGACAGAGAGUGAGAAGCAGUGCUGGAAGCCUGUUCUGGUGGUGAUGACGGAGAAGGACCUGUUGCUAUACGACAGUUGGCCACGAGGCAAAGAGGCCUGGCAGAACGCGGCACACAUUUUCCCACUUUUAGCAACACGGCUGGUCCACUCAGGUCCUGAUCGAGGAUCGCCUCGCUCCGGAACAGAGCUGUGCUUUGCCACUCGGACUGGCACCAGACUGGGCAUUGAGACUCGCAUAUUCCGAGCUGAAACCACCAAGGAUCUGUCCAUGUGGACCAGACAGAUCGUCAACGCAUGUCAUGCUUCAGCCGAGAUGAUUAAAGAAGUCACAACAAGUUGCCUGUAUCAAGGUCAAGAGUGCCGUCUCGUGAUUCACUACGAGAAGGGCUUCUCAGUGCUUGCCGACCCCAAAGCAGCAGAUGGGGAGGACGGGGAGAGGAGAGCCUUUAACACCUCUGUCAACCCUCAAGUUCUUCUUUCUUAUCCCUUUGAAAAGCUUAAGAUGUCCUCGGAUGAUGGAAUUCGGAUACUGUUUCUGGACUUUGGAGGAAAGGAGGGGGAGAUUCAGCUGGACCUGCACUCGUGUCCAAAGCCGAUCGUCUUCAUCCUUCACUCCUUCCUCUCUGCCAAGAUCUCUCGUCUGGGUUUAGUGGCCUGAAUGCCUCACUAAAGACUUUUCACCCCAUUCGUCACCUCCAGAGAGCCGCCUCUUCAUCCUUCUGAAGCCUGCAUGUAGUACACAACUUCAGACUCCCUCAACUGGAAACCCGAUUUUAUUGAAUGUAGCCUCUAAUUGGGAUUUCAGCUUCACUGGGUGGAGGACUGAAAAAGCUCGCGCUGGGACUGGACAGACUUUUGAGGGUGUUUUUUUCUGCCUAAAUGACUCCUUUAAAGGUUGCUGGGUAUUAAACAUCCAGCGAAGAAGCACAGUGUGGACCGGUCUGGAUGCAGAGUAAUGAUGUAUCAGCCGUGCAGACUGACGGGAGCGGAUUGGGCAUUGCUGUCACGCCCAGGGUGGGCUGUUCUGGCCACAUGUAGCAGGUUUUCAGAUGGAUUCACAUUUAAUUCAAUCAAAAUGUAAUUGCUGCCUGCCCACCAUUUACCAAAUUGUCUAAUUUAUUUGCCAUUAGCUCCGAGAGGACAUUGUUAAUUUCACUUGUCAUUUUUCUUCCUCUAGCAGUUGACACACUGUGGAAAAAACUGUGCGUUUGUCUUUAUUAGAGCCCCCGAGAGCCCUUGUUAGCAGUGUCAGCAUUUAUCAUUCAAACAUAGAGAGGGGCACAUUUUCUUUUAGCAUUUCUCUCUUUUGAUAGGUUGCACAUUAUGACUCAAGUAUUUCAACUUUGAGUUGACAAUGAUCGAACAGUUGUGAGGUUUGACACAUAUUCUUAUGAAUGUAAUAUACCCACGUAAAUGUGUUCAGAAUAAUGGAAAAUCAUCAAUUAUGCUUAUAAAAAGUGAUUCUACUAAGAAAAGUAACCAUCUUAGCAAGCACCUUUAUUCUUCAGAACACUGUUCUGCAGAGGGAGCACUUGUUUUAUUGUCAUGGCAUGACUCCUCUGUAAUGGUAGCUCACAAUUAAUAUUCAGCCCCAAACUAAAUUAAUUCUGUACAUCAGUUAAUUAAUACUGAAGGGUUAAAGACCCAGAAACUCUGAACAAACUAUGCAGGCGUGUAGGGUAGCAACUUGUCGAUCAGUUUUGAAACUUUUUUUUGUUGUUGUUUUACUGUAAAUGUACCUACAGCACACAAACCCUUUUAUUUGUACUGAUCAAAGACCCACUCCGAUCAUAAUCAAGUUUUCCCAGUGGUCUUUUAAUGAGGAUUAUGUCUUCUUUUUUAGCUAAAAUGAAAAACCCUGUGUCGUUUUCUAGGACAUAGUUUCUGCAGAGCUGCAGUAGCCUGAGUUGUGGGUUCUUGGCACGGAGCAACCACACCCCCACUUCCUGUCGCCCAUAACUGAGAGCUCUCUGUUUACACUUUCUCCCCCACACUCAUUGACUAUAACUAGAGAUGAAAUGAUCUCAUAGGAAAUGCUUUGCUUCCGGAUCCACUGAAAUGAGGCCAAUUCAGUCACCAUUUUUACAGCCGCUGCCAUCUUGGAACCAGUCGAGGUUUCUAUGGCAACUACUGUCACCAAUCAUGAGUGAGCUUGCUCAGUCCACACCUCUACCUCUGGAAGCAGCUCGGGAGAAUUUGUCAAACGUUUGAAGUGGUUGCCAGCGGGCACCACAUGCUUUUACUGAGGCAUCUGAUUGGUCAGUUUAUAACUUUAGUUUAUAAACGUUUAUAAAAAAGUAUUAGCAAGAAGAUGUUACAAAACCAGGAGCAGAGCAAGAAGGAUUCUGACAAAUAGAAUAACUGAAUAACAACUGUUUAUUUCUCAAUAGAAGUCUGUGGGAUUUUGGCUUAUUGGAGCCAGCAGGUACUUCCUGUUUGGAGCACGAGUUCCAGUUCUCAUUUACAGUCAAUGCUGACACCCCCAACAUAACAAUAUCUGUGCAACAAAAAUUGCAAAAUUGAAAGUAUCCAGACGUACAAUUUGGAGUCAGGUGCCAGCUCGGGCGAGGAAAACAAAGACGUUCAUGGAUCUUGUCAUCUAUAUGUUGAUGUAUCAGAAUGGAGCGGAGCAGGAAUCUUAUGGCCCGCCUGGCGUGUUUACUACAUCACAAAUAUAUUCUAUAAACAGAUUUUUGUUGUCUGCUCCAAAUUUUCUUCAUACAUGUCGUCCAUCAUAAAUAAAAUACCACAGGAACAUGUAAAAAACACAAUUAUCAUCAGAGUGGGUCUUUAACAAACAGUUAAAGUUUUAAAGUAAAGUUUUAAACCACUUUCAUUUAUUUUCUAUACAAUCACCUUUAAACUGAGUUACCUUUAAAUAAUGAUUUAAAAAAUGUCUACAUAAUUGUUUAAUAGAAAAAAAUAUAUAUUAUAAAUUUGAAUAAAGAAGUGCAAUCUAAAAAUAUGUAUUGUUUUAAUCUGGCAUGAACACACUUUAAAAAUACUGCCUUCUGGAGAUGUCACUUAUAGACAGAAAUGAUUCAAAGCUUGUUAGUUUAUAAACUUGAGGUAAAUGUGGCUGUUUGUACUUCUUUAAAUUGGAGAAUUUACUGUCCUUUUUUAAAACUCACUGAAAAGGAGGGAGCAUUGACCUCAAAAAAUGCUAAUAAAUUCAUGUGGAGGGGCUGAUAAAUCAACAUUUGUCAUGGUUUGCCCCAUCAAGAAAAAAAAUAAUUUAUUUUCAAUAACGAGAAUCAAUUUUAACAAAUUUGUUUGUUUUUUAAAGUGUGGCAGAAAAUCAAUGAAAAAAUCGUUCUGACUGACCUGACAUGACCCCUGGACAUUUCUUGUGCCUUUCGAUAACUGAAAUGAAAACAAAAAUGCUAUAAUUUUAUAUUAAAUAAAGGAAGCAGAUAGGACAGAAGGGGUGCUGCUGGAUUAUCUCACAUGUUACAUGUUUUUUUUAACCCCAUUCCACACACUGUGCUUUUUGAUUUUAUCUAUUGUGAUCAUACUAAGCUGUAGAGCAGAUGUACGAUGAUAGUGGAGACACUGUAACACAAAUCCAUCACUGACUGGUUACGUCACGGAGAGAAGAGCUUGUUUAAGAUGCACCUUUGAUUCGUCGAAUACUCUGAUGCCUUUGGCAGCUACUCUACUGUAACUCAGAACAAUAAAACAUAGUUUUUAAUUCAAGCCGUGCACAUAAAACAUAUAUUUAACAGCAAUCCAGUGAGUUGUUUUUUUAUUGUUUUGUGUUAUUUGUUUUUCAGCAGAAAUAUGUCUUGUAAAUUGAAAUAAUCACUUAUUUCUUUAGAUUAUGGAUGAAGAAAUAAAAAAAGAGAAAAAUGU